AUGGAGGUCCAGGCGGAAUUCAUGGAGAGUUCCAUGGCCGGAAGCACUUUGCUUUCCACACCGGAGGGUGAAGUCAACAGCUUGAUGCAGCAAGUGACCGAUGAUUAUGGAUUGGAGCCGGCAGCAAUUGGAUCAGAAGAUCAAAUUGUAGACGCAGUCGGAAUUACUGAGGAGGUGUUGGCGUUUGCAAGGAAUAUUGCGCAUCAUCUAGAGACUUGCUUGGAUUUUCCGUUAUUGGAGGAAGAAGACAUUAACGUUGUUACUUUGGUGAUAUUAAAACUCUUGGCCUGUAACUAUUAUCAGGCUAAAGAAGCAACUGAGUUGGCUUUGAAGGACAAAAAGCAGUUAAUGGUCGCAUCUAAUGAAGCAUAUGAGAACAUUAGUUUGGGAUCCUCCAUAAAAGCUUCUGAGCGCUCUUCUUCAUGGCAAUCGCCUUUGGGUGAUUUUGCCUUUGGAUUUCGCCGUAUUGAGAAUCAAAAUCUGUUUUUGCUUGCUAUCUGGUUCGACAAAAUUCCCAAUAAGACUCUUGUUUGGUUUGCAAAUGGCGAUAAUCCAGCACCAGAAGGGUCGAAAAUCGAUCUUACACUUGAUGGCCAGUUGAUACUUUCUGAUCCACAAGGCGUUGUCGUGUGGAAACCACAGCCCUUCCCUGGCAGGGUUGAUUAUGCUGCUAUGAUGGACACUGGUAACUUUGUUCUGGCAGGUAAUAGUUCCGAACCUUCUGGAUAUCUGUGGGAGAGCUUCAAGCAUCCAACUGACACCAUCUUGCCAACUCAAGUGCUGGAAACCGGUGGAAUGCUAUCUUCCAGGCAAAAAGAAAGCAACUACUCGAAGGGACGGUUCCAACUCCGUUUGCUACCGGAUGGAAAUCUUGUGCUUAAUACCAUUGCCUUGCCAACAGAGUAUGCAUAUGAAGCUUAUUACAUCAGUGACACUUUCGGUGGAAGUGUCCCGAUGAAUUCUGGAUACCUGGUAGUUUUUAAUCAAACAGGUUACAUUUAUAUUGUUCGAAGGAAUGGAGAUAUUAAAAACCUUACUUCAGGAGAUAUAGUCCCAACAAAAGAAUUCUACCACAGGGCGAUACUUGAAUAUGACGGGGUUUUCACACAAUACGCUCAUCGCAAGGCUCCGAGAAGUGGGAGCUUGGAUGAGACAUGGAGCCGUGUGUGGUCCAUCCCAAACGAUAUAUGCUCAGACAUUCGGGGCGAGAGAGGUGGUGGUACUUGUGGAUUUAACAGCUACUGCAUACUUGGCGCAAAUGGAAGGCCGGUUUGUGAGUGCCUUCCUGGAUUUUCUUUUGUAGAUCCAAAUAACAAGUUCAAUGGGUGCAAUCAAGACAAAGUUCAACAAUGUGAGCAAAAUGCUUCAAACAACCCAAGAGAUCUAUAUGAAAUGCGUGUGCUGUCCAACACAUUUUGGCCUAAUUCUGCGAAUUUCGAGAUGUUGCCAUUCAACGAGGAUAAAUGCACCAGUUCUUGUUUGGACGACUGCAAUUGUGUGGUUGCUGUCAUUGCAGAAGGGAUAUGCCACAAGAAGAAACUGCCUCUGUCCAAUGGCAGGGUGAACCGAAAUCGGAGUGGGAAGGCUCUCAUCAAAUUACUCAAGUCUGAAGUUUCACCUGGUAACACUUGUUUCCCUGAAGCAGGCAAGGGGAAGAAAGAUCAAGCUACCCUAAUUCUAGUGGGAUCACUUCUUUUGGGUGGCUCAGUUUUUCUCAACUUUCUACUUAUUCCUUUAAUUGCUAUAGUUGCUUUCUCUUCAUACCAUAAAAUCCAGAAACUUAACAGGGUUUCGAGUCUUUCGACUAUUAUUGAGACAAAUCUUCGUGCUUUCACUUUUGAAGAUCUCAGACUAGCCACAGAAGGAUUUAAGGAAGAACUAGGGAGAGGUGCUUUUGGAACUGUAUAUAAAGGGGUGUUAGCAUCAACAAGUACUUCAAGUACUAUUGUUGCAGUUAAACAGUUAAACAAGUUGGUACAAGAAAGCGAGAAGGAAUUUAAGACAGAAAUAACCGCGAUAGCCAAGACCCAUCACAAGAAUUUGGUUAGAUUGCUUGGAUUCUGUGAGGAAGGUCCUCACAGGCUUUUAGUCUAUGAGUUCAUGAGCAACGGUACAUUGGCUAGCUUCCUCUUUGGAAAUUCGACGCCUGAUUGGGACAAACGAACACAAAUGGCACUUGGGAUUGCAAAGGGGAUCAUGUAUUUGCACGAGGAAUGUAGCACACAAAUCAUCCAUUGUGACAUUAAGCCACAGAAUAUUCUACUGGACGAUUCAUUUACCGCGAGAAUUUCAGACUUUGGAUUGGCAAAGCUUUUGAUGAAUGAUCAGACGAGGACUAAUACAGCCAUUAGAGGGACCAAAGGGUAUGUUGCACCAGAAUGGUUCAGAAGCACACCGAUUAACGCAAAAGUGGAUGUUUACAGCUACGGGGUCCUGUUAUUAGAGAUCAUUUGUUGCAGGAAGAACGUUGAAAUGGAAAAGGAGAAUGAAGAGGAAGCAAUACUGAUUGAUUGGGCUUAUGACUGCUAUAAGCUUCAAAGAUUAGAUAAGCUGGUAGAAAAUGAUGAGGAGGCAAGAAAUGACAUGAGGAGGUUGGCGAGGCUUGUGAUGGUGGCAAUUUGGUGCAUUCAAGAGGAUCCAUCUUUGAGGCCUUCCAUGAAGAAGGUAAUUCAGAUGAUUGAAGGUGUCGUAGAAGUUUCUGCUCCUCCGUGUCCUUCGCCUUUCUCUUCAAAUUGA